UAUUGUAGAAAAGUAACGAAACUAUAUUCUAGAAAUAUGUAAUUCUUAAUAUAUAAGAAUUGUUUGUAAAGUUGGAAUCUUAGAUUUAAAGACAAGUAUAUUUGUAAGAAUUUCAGAUAUUCUAUAGGAUACCAGUUUAUGUAAAUACACUAUGCAUGGUGUGAUAGGGCUCUUGGUUGGCGUCGCAGCAAUAUUUGCUUUUUCUGCAAGUGGAUUUUUUUUCACAUCAGAUGAGAAAGUAACGGUUAUUGAAACCAGACAUCUAGUUCACAAGUUGGUAGAACAGAAUUUUGACAGUAAGAACCAAAGAUCUAUUAGAAAACAGAUAACAGAAUGUCUCAGGGACAGUUAUCAAUAUUUAGCUAUGAGCAUGUAUUUCGACCAGGCAGAAGUGGCACUUCCAGGUUUCCAUAAGAUGUUCAAAGAGUAUUCUAACAGAGAGAUGUCAAAUGCUGUAAAAUUAAUGACAUAUAUGAACCUAAGAGAAGGAUCAAAUAAGUUUCUAGGAAUUCCUGAACCAAGAAUUUCUUAUGAAUGGCAUGAUGGAGAAACAGCAUUAAUAACAGCUUUAAGAAUGGAACAUAAAGCUAAUACCAAGUUCCAGACCAUAAUACAACUAGCAUUGGAAAAGAAUGAUCCACACCUAAAACAGUUUAUAGAGGAUAACUUCCUGGACCAAAAAGUUAAAAUCAUUAAAGAACUUGGAGAUAAAGUAACACAGCUUGGAAAAUACAGUUCAGAAAAGAAAGGGCUGGGAUUACAAAUGUUUGAUAACACAUUACUUUGAUCUCUGGUGUGCUACUACCACUGUGAUAUUAUCUCUAUUGAGAUUUGGUGUGUACUUAUAUGAAUAAAUUGGAUCAAAUAAU